UAUGAUAGAAAUGUCAAAGAAAAAUGUUCAGCAAGAAAUCACAAGCCAAAUCAAUAAUAUGCAAAAAAAUUGUGCUGAUGAAACAGGACUUAGGCCACAACGCAAAUGCUUGUUAUGCAGAAAACCCAGCCACUAUCAAAAAAAAUGUCCAAGUGCUAAAGAAAAUUAA